AGUGAAAAUUGCAACAACUGAAAUCAGAAAUAUGGCUUUGUCUCGCUUUAUUUUCUUGCUAUUCCUCAGCAGCUGCAUUUUUGCAGUCCUUGCAGACGUUAGUGUUGAGAACUGCAGUGACAAUUCAACAAUACCCACAGCCCAAAUGUCCGCAAACAUCGAUAGCUUGGUGGCUGAACUAGCCUCGAGCACUUCUCAGAAUCGCUUCAGCAUCGCCACUUACGGCAAAGGUACAGACAAAGUCUACGGCUUGGGACAAUGCAGAGGAGAUGUGAACAGCACAGAUUGCACAACCUGCAUUCAAGAUGCAGCCAAAAACAUUCGCACAAAUUGUCAAAACCAGACUGAUGCCUGGCUUUGGCAGAAUGAUAACUGCAUCCUAAGGUUUGACGACGACCAAUUCUUUGGAAAUGUUGAUCCAUCUAGCUUUGCCAACUUGUACAAUAAUGAUCAUCCACAACAUCCCUCUGCUUUCAAGAAACAACUAGAUGCUCUUAUAAGCAAGGUCAGCUCUGAGGCUGUUGUGCCUGCAAAUGAAGGGCUUGGCAGGGGAAAGAGUUUUAGUGUCGCGUCUAAUGAUACCAUUUAUGCCUUGACCCAGUGCACCAGGGAUUUGUCCAGACAUUCUUGCUCCGAGUGUCUGAAUAUAGCCAUUGGCAACUUCCCCAAAUUCUGCAACAAUGAGAAAACUGUUGGAUGUCGAGUCCUAUAUGGCAGCUGCUAUGUUCGUUAUGAAAUAUAUCCGUUUUACUAUCCUCUUGAUUCGUAAGAGCGCUUGUCAGUGUAACAAGAAAUAAAAUCCUUCCAGGGUUCACCAUACCCGGAACUAUAAUGUCAUGUUAAAGGGGAGUCAAAUAAAGAAACUGUAUUCUGUAUUGUAUUAAUCAUCUCUCUCUGUAUGUCUUACGUAUGAUUCACUGCAUGUAAUUUACAUGUCUGCAAAUAAAUGGACAGCUUUAUUGCCAGACAACAC